AUGGGAUCAGUACAGAAAGUUACCGCGGAGGCAAUCGCCCGACCAGUCUCCACCUCUGACCUUGAAGAGGAGUAUGAAAAAAAGUCCCUGAAGAGGCGCAUCCGUGAGAUUGUGUGGGACAGUCUUGACCGGAGCCCGGAGGAGCGUCGAAUGAUCGCCAAACUUGACUUCUUCAUUCUGACUUGGGCAAGUCUGGCGUACUUCAGCAAAAAUUUGAACUCCAAUAACCUUUCCAAUGCCUAUGUCUCAGGCAUGAAAGAAGAGCUACCUGUCAUUGGGAACGAAUAUCAAACAUUGACAACUAUGUGGACAAUUGGAUAUGUUGUCUCGCAAAUUCCAUCUCAACUCGUGUGCACUCGAGAGCUCGCGAAACGGUCAUGCAUUUUCUUCGCGACGGCGUUUAUUGGGUCAAUGUUUAGCGGUUAUUUGCAAGCAGCACUGCACACUGGCAUGAACGGCGUUCACGGAUUAUCCGGGUGGCGCUGGCUUUUUAUUUUUGAUGGAGUCAUUACCUUACCAAUGGCACUUUGGGCCUACUACGCAUUGCCCGACUUGCCUUCCACCACCAGAGUCAAGUGGCUCAAGCCCGAAGAGAAGGAAUAUUUCCUCCAGCGUAUGAAAAAGGCAGGGCGGGAUCUUGAAGAACCCGUUACGAUUGCUGGCUUGAAAAGGGUGGUGGGCAAAUGGCACUUCUGGGUCUAUACAACAUACUACACAUUUUUCAUCUGCAGCGAAAACAUUGGCAGUUUUAUGAACCUGUGGCUUAAGAGUCUGAACAGAUACACCGUGCCCCAAAUUAACACCUAUCCAACCGUAACAAAUGCAGUGACCAUCAUCACGACACUUGCCUAUGGUUGGACUAGCGAUGCAUUGCAGAUUAGGGCCCCUAUCAUCUACUUCUCACUUGUUGUGUGCUUUUUCGCCGCGAUGAACCUUGCCAUUUGGGAUGGCGUCCCAUUCGGCCUCAAAUGGGCCUCUUUCUAUCUCACAGGAUUUGCCCAGGGCUCCGGUCCUAUAUUCUUUACAAUGGUGAAUGAGCAAUGCGCAGGCGAUAGUCUAGAACGAAAGUUCAUUCUAGGAACGACAAAUUCAAUCGCCUAUGCCUUCAAUGCCUGGAUCCCCCUUAUUACCUAUAAUACCAACUACGCACCUCGGUUUUUAGUCGGUAAUGCGACCACCGUCGCUCUAAUUGUUGGGGCCGCCAUCACAAUUACGGUUGCUGUUCGGCUACAAAACCGUGAUGCCGUAUUGACACAUUUCAGGCUCGGCCAGGCUCCUAAGCCGAUGGACCCCGAUCAAGUUGAGGAGGUACUCGUGAAGGUACGAAAGCUGCUGUGGGUGAAUGAGCUCAUGUACGCGUCCACAAUCGCGUUUUCUAAGCUCUCCUUCAUCUCCUUGUACUGGCGCAUCUUCAAACUCACUAUGAUUCGCAUUCCGAUCUGCCUCUUACUUGUUGCCUGUUCCGCAUGGUUCAUUAUCCGAACCUUCGCUAUCCUGUUUCAGUGCUGGCCGGUACCAUACAUCUGGGACAAGACUAUCAAAGGCGGCACAUGCAAACUCAACAUAAGCCAGUUCCUGUUUGGGACAGUCCUCACUCAUUGUCUUAUGGACAUCACCAUUCUCGUUCUGCCGGUUUUCCCCGUGGUGAAGAUGCAUCUCUCAUGGCAGCAAAAGGUGGGAAUCAUCGGACUAUUUGCCUCUGGCAUAAUAGUUGUGUCCUGCUCUGUUCUUGUCUUGAUACAGGUUAUCAUGUACAAGCCUCUUGACGCCAAUUAUACUCUCAGCCUUGUAAAAUUUACAGUAUGGGGCAAUGCGGAGGCUGUUUACCCAUACUACGACCAGUAUUUCGCAGAAUUGUUCCCAGAAAGAGACGGCGCCCAGGGCCUGAACUGGGACCACCUGAACGAGGUGCGAGAGCUUCUCGAAUGA